AUGAUCUACUACCCCAACUGUCAGCUGUCGUUCAUGAACAUCGACAACAUUCACACCAUGCGCGAGAGCUUCAGACAAAUGGUGGAGCUGUGCCACCGCCAGAAGGAUUAUCGCUGGUUCUCUUCCUUGGAAGGGACUCGCUACCUUCUCGAGAACCAAAGUUGGCUUGCGCACACGAGUCUGGUCCUCCAAGCUGCCGCGAAGAUUGCUCGCCUCAUCGACAAGAAGAAGUCGUCCGUGCUUGUCCACUGCUCCGAUGGGUGGGAUCGGACCACGCAACUCGUGGCUCUCGCUCAGGUCAUCCUCGACCCGUACUAUCGCACGAUCGAGGGAUUCGAAGUCCUCAUCGAGAAGGAGUGGCUGGCCUUCGGCCACAAGUUCGACUGUCGGUCGGGCCACGUUCAUCAGGCAUUCUUCGAGACCAGCGAAUGCUCGCCGAUCUUCCUGCAGUUCAUGGACUGCGUGUUCCAGCUCAUGCACCAGUUCGACACCGAGUUCGAGUUCAACGAACAAUUCCUGAUCACCAUCAUGGACCACGUCUACUCAUGCAAAUACGGCACCUUCCUCUACAACAACGAAAGACAGCGAGUACACCGCGACUUGAGGAACAAAACGAAGUCACUCUGGACAUAUCUCAACCACGACCAGAAGUACUUCCUCAAUCGGUUCUACCAGCAGGGCGAGGGAGCUUUGGAUGGCAUCUGCACCAAUCUCCGAUUCUGGAAGGGCUACUACCUUCGCUACCACGAGCACAAGAGCGAAGAGGACAACGUCAAGUACGAGCACAACAGGCUUGGAAUUGAGCUCGAGCAAUUGAGGUUGCGCCUGGAGCAAGAAGCAGAGGCCCGUUCCAGAUUGGAAAGGGAGCUUGACCUCGUGAGCAGACAGAAAAAGGAGCUCGAGCAUGUGAUGCAAGGGGUGCAGUGCACCGUGUACAGAUCAGAAGGAGGCGAAGCCCCCUACCUCGUCGCGAAAAUAGCAUCGCCGAACAGAGAUCUCGUGACCAACUUUUGCGACGACCUGCGCAACCUACACAUCAUCGACGACUACAGCAACUCGCCCUCGACCCGCGCCCCGGCCGUGGCGAAGGCGGGGGACGGCCGGCCACGCAUCAAGCGACGAUCAGCCUCCCUCCUCCGAACCCUGCAGAAGCAGCAGCGAAUGGCGCAGAAUGGCGACCAAGACGACGAAGACCACUGUUAUGGGAAAGAGGAAGAAGAGGUGGAGAACGAGUGGACCCUGUGCGACGUCGAAGAAGGCGCGCAGGAGAACAGCGUCACCAAGAAGAGCCCCCACAACAGCUAUUCCGAGCACGGCAGACACUCCAACCCGACGCGAAGCCUCACCCACGACAACCAGUACAGAACGCCGGAGGAGGCAGCGUGGGAGCUGAGAAACGAAGUCGUCACCCUCGAGCUCAAGAACUCCACCGGGUCGUGGAUAUUGCCGUCGAUUCGGUUCUCGGACUACCUGGAAACGCUGCGGCACUACCUCAAGGACCACGGCUUCAUUCCGUCCUUUCAGUGGCCCUACGCCAACAAGUCGACCAACGCGUGA